AUGACCACGAAAGAGGCGCAGAUUAUCCAAGAGGUAGAGUUUACAGCGUCUUCUGCUUCAUCAGACAGAACAAUAUCUGGCAUUCUGCUCGACAUGCGGAGACUUCUCCUCGGUCUAACGGAGCGGAUUUUGGCCGCGUUUAUGACGGUCAUUUACGCGUUGCAUAUAUCCCCAACACGUACUAUAGAUACAAUUUCUGCAGCAGCGACAGGCGAGGACGAAAAGGACGAGAGCGCGACGCGUCACCUAUCUGCAACUUCGUCUCCAACUCUGUCGCCUGUGGAUAGUGGGUCACCUGGAAAUUCGUUGAGCGACUUGGAUCUGUCAAAUACAGAAGUAAUCAAGGAGAUUAACCCUGUCAUCAUGCCCGCGGCCACCGUAUCCGGAACCUCGUACCCAGGUGGUAUCAAGGCGUACUACCAGGCGAAAAUUGAGGCUGCAGAGCUCACUAUCAAUGAGAGGACACAAAAUCUACGUCGUCUGGAAGCUCAGCGGAAUGCGCUCAACGCUCGAGUUCGACUGCUUCGAGAGGAGCUACAGCUACUCAUGGAACCCGGUAGUUAUGUGGGAGAAGUCGUCAAAGCCAUGGGCAAGACCAAGGUCUUGGUAAAAGUCCAGCCAGAGGGCAAAUAUAUCGUCGACCUUGACCCAGACAUUGAUGUCAACAAGCUUACCCCGAAUCUUCGUGUCGCUCUUCGGUCCGACAACUAUCUCUUGCACAAAAUUUUACCAAACAAGGUUGAUCCUCUCGUAUCCUUGAUGAUGGUGGAAAAGGUACCAGACUCUACCUAUGAAAUGGUCGGCGGUUUGGACAAGCAGAUCAAGGAGAUUAAAGAGGUCAUCGAGCUUCCCGUCAAGCAUCCCGAACUCUUCGAGUCUCUUGGUAUCGCGCAACCCAAGGGUGUACUUCUCUACGGACCACCAGGAACGGGAAAGACGCUGUUGGCCCGAGCUGUUGCCCAUCACACAGAUUGCCGCUUCAUUAGGGUCAGCGGAAGUGAGCUCGUACAAAAGUACAUUGGAGAGGGUAGUAGGAUGGUCAGAGAGCUUUUCGUCAUGGCUCGAGAGCAUGCGCCCAGUAUCAUCUUUAUGGACGAAAUCGACUCUAUCGGCAGCUCGCGAGGAGAAGGUGGAGGCUCUAAUGGUGACAGUGAAGUUCAACGUACAAUGCUGGAGCUUUUGAACCAGCUAGACGGGUUCGAGGCCACCAAAAAUAUCAAGGUCAUUAUGGCUACCAACCGAAUAGAUAUUUUGGAUUCCGCGUUGCUACGGCCAGGUCGUAUUGAUCGCAAAAUUGAAUUCCCACCUCCGGGACCGGAAGCGAGAGUGAGCAUUCUCAGGAUUCAUUCACGAAAGAUGUCUCUUCAACGGGGAAUCAACCUGCGCGCACUUGCGGAGAAGAUGGGUCAAUGCUCUGGGGCUGAAGUACGAGGCAUAUGUACCGAAGCUGGAAUGUACGCGUUGCGUGAACGUCGGCAGCAUGUCACGCAGGAGGAUUUCGAGUUUGCUAUUGCGAAGAUGUAUAUUUUCGCUCAGCUGCUGCUCGCUGCGUCCAUCGUGAUGGCCCAGUCGCCGACCUUGACCGAGGGACCUGCCCCCACAAUCGUGGUGGGCUCACCCAACCCGACUGCGACGCUGUCCAUCAGUGUGUCCACCUCUCAGGUAUCUUCGUGUGACGCCAUGGACAUAUUAUGGAGCGUAGAGAACGAGACUGCUGCAGCCGACUCUGCCGUCCUCACGCUGUUCUACAGCAACCUCGGGGUCGAUCAGGUUGACAACUCGACGGGCCAUGUGUAUAACCCACACAGCACUCAGAACUUGAUAGCCCAGCAGCAAGUAUCCAAAGGCACAUUCCACUGGAAUCCUGUCUGGCUCAACGAUCCUGGCUUUUACGUGAUCACGGCCACGACAGAUUCCGAUCCUUCGGAAGGAGACCCAACUAUCCUUGUUCGAAAAAGUCAACCCUUCCUUUUGACGGUCCAGAAUACCAGUUGUUUGAGCCAAGCGACUUCGAAUACUCUCUCCAGCACGCCAUCCAUUUCAGACCUUCCUCCGGCGUCUUCCACCGAUUCGUCCACCCCGUCAGAAACUGCGGUUAUAGCCAACGCCCCGAAGCCAUCAAAGAUUGGUCCUAUUGUUGGCGGCACGUUGGCGGGAUGCGCAGCUCUGGGCCUUUUGAUGUCCCUGCUGAUCUGCAGGAGACGUCGGCAAGUGAUUGCGAAGAAUGCAACUCCGCGAACAAUUGCCGGCAAAGCCCACAAUCGCACUUGGGGUGGCCUAUCGUCGAUUGACAAGCUACAGGGAGAGAUUCCUGUGGUUGUUCCGGCCGAGUCGCCAUACGCGUACCGAAGGCGGUCUCAAUCGACCGGGCGCGCUAUGACAAUGACGACGGAAGAAGACGGUGAAAAGGGUCACAAGGAUGGGUUCCCGGUCGAUGCCGAUCUGUUGGCAGAAAUGCCAACCUUGGCUCAAACUAAAUCCACGCGCCGGUACUCGUCAGACGCGUUGAGCAACGUCUUGCGUCAAAAGGGCGGCUCUGAUAAACAUGCCCGAAACAUGGUUCCUGCUCCUGCAGCUCCCGUCUUAUCGACAACAACUGCCACCUCGGGCGGCGGAGAUGAUCCAUUCUCGGACGCUGCAUUCAUCGCGCAUGGCAAGCGCAUGUCUGCUCUUUCCGUUCCUUCUACUGCCCGUUCUCCCUCUCGUGUCUCUGAAGUUGCCGCCCCCAGCCCGAGCCCGAUACCUCCCGCCACACCGAUUGCCUCUCAACCGAGCACGAUAGCGCGUAAUGCAUCUGCAAACGCGAGCAUUGGACGGCCCUCUCGCAAGCCCGUACCACAAUACGAUGACGAGUUUGAACUGACAAAGCCAAACAAGUCGUCUCCGACCUCGUUGCAACCGCCAGCUAAUUAUUCUCGCCCGGGUAGCUCACGAGGAGAUUUGUCCUCGAGCGCGACGUCUCAUUCAAACGCACUCGCAAGUUCUGUCGAGUCUUCGUCGACAAACUGGUUGCAUGCCCCCAUGGCGAACCGAAACAUUGGUCUUGCCGGUCAGAAUGAAGGUUCGACUGUGCAUUAUCUCAUACCGGACAUGCCGCCACCGCCACGAGAUUAG